GAUUUAGGUUCUGCUACGUUUUGUAUUAGUAACGAAGAUCACACCUUGGGAAAUGCAUUAAGAUAUAUUAUCAUGAAAAAUCCUGCUGUAAGUUUCUGUGGGUACUCUGUGCCUCAUCCAUCCGAGUACCAGAUCAACUUGCGGAUUCAGACAGACGGAUCCAUAACAGCCGUGGAUGCUCUACACAAAGGUCUUGACGAUCUGGUUGACAUGACCACUCAUGUAAAAGAAUCUUUUAAAGACAAGGUCAAACAAGGAGAGUUUGAAAUACACGAUGGUGCCGAUAUUCAUGCUAAAUAA